UUUUCUUAUUCGGACGAAACCAGCUUGGUAAUGGACAUUACCAUAAUCUAAGCAGACUUUACUGUAGACUUCACAAAUCUUUCAUCAUAAUAACCUCAAAGACUUGGAGAGGCUGAUCGGCAGAGGUUGACACCAUUUAGACAUUAGACGAGGCACCACGAUGUCGCAGUUUGACCUGUUACGGAGUGAGAUCAUUGAGAACCUUCAGUGCCCAAUUUGCUAUGAGAGCUUCACUCAACCGAAGGUGGCCGGGGCAUGUCAGCAUACCUUCUGCCAGGAAUGUCUCAGGAGCAAUGUAGAAAGACAGGUUCGAGAAGGCGACAACUUCUCUUGUCCUCUCUGCCAUAAGGGCUGCACCAUGCCGCCAGGGGGGAUUUCGGGUUUACCUGAUAACUUCUUGAUCGCUAACAUCUCAAAUGUACUCUCCCGGACACUGCGGAGACGGUCACUGUCAAGAACCAGCAGUGAAGUGACGGCAGAGCACCAGUGCACGUCGUGUAAAAGCGCGGGAGUUUCCACAGCUACAGCAGCAGAGUUCGUCUGCGAAACCUGUGAGAAUACACGUCUGUGUGUCAAAUGUAAAGCCACACAUGGAACGAAUGAGAUAACCUCUGGACAUAAGAUUGUCCCGAUCUCGGUUAAAAAGAACUUUGGUGUCUGCGAAAAGCAUCCAGGCCAGGGACUGGAGUUAUUUUGCUUGGAGUGUGACAAAGUCUUGUGUGAGUUGUGCAAACCAGGUCACGCGGGGGAGAACAUCGCGGAGUUAGCAGAGGUCAUCAAAGAUUUAAAAACCGAACUAACAGAACAGAUUUCAGAAACAAAAUCCACCAUCUUGAAUGUUGUUGCCGAAGAGCACAAAAUGGUUGACAUUAGGAAUGUUAUUUAUGAGGAAAUGGGUGGUUUGGUGCAGGAAGUCGAAGGUCAUGCAGACUUGUUUAAAACAGCAGUCGAAAGACAAAAACAGAAGCUUAUUUCACGCAUCAAAACAGCUUGUGAUGUCACGGAUGUGUGUGUCGUCAUUUCCGAUUUAGAAGGCAGCAGACAGGAGAUGGAAAAUGCGACGGAACGUGGGGAGGUUCAGAUGAAGACCAAUGUUACUACCCUGGAGGACAUUAAGAAGAUCAGAAACUUGAAAGAUGAGAUGAAGGAGUUACAGUCGAAUCUGAAGAGUAUUGACUACGACCAAUACAAGGAACGACUGGCGAAAAUGUCUUCAUUUGAACCUUGCGCUGCUGAAGUAAACAUUGGUACUCUCCGGCAGCCAGACCUGGUCGUGGCGGAGCGGAAACCCCAAGUCAUGCAGAAGGUCGAAGCAGAAGAAGCUAGGUUCACCACGAAGUCGUUCCGAAAACUUCUCAGUCUACACUUCCCUGUCAAUCUUCAGUGUCAUGACGUCAGGAGUGUGACGUAUCUCCCUUAUGAACGGUUCGCGGUGCUUGCAGCAGUACCUGGCGAGAUUGAGCCUGCAGACAGAAAUCCUCUCCUCUCCCCAUGGGUGGAACAGGUGGACACCAUCUUCAUAUCGCAAGCAGGUCCGGAUGGAGUUUGCCAUGUCUGCCGAAUGAUCAGCAAUGGUGUCCGCCCAGCAGAGGACAUGGCUGUCACCACUAGAGGCGAACUGGUUGUAGUGCGCAGAGAGAAGCCUUACAUCAAGCUCUUCGAUCCAGAGAAUGGGAACAGUCGAUCCAUCAAAAUAAAAGACGACCUAGAUGGUCCGUGGUCCAUUGCUGUCGACAGCAGAGGAAGAUUCCUUGUACUAGAUGGCUGGCCUGAGUGCCAUGUCUUGGUCAUAGCAGAGUCGGGAGAGCUCCUGCAGAUGCUGAAUGUCGAGGGGGAGCAUUGGAGGAUUGCCAGCUACGGCAUGGUGCUGUACUCGUGUGGAGAGUGGGAGAUCUCUGCCUAUAGGGUCCAAGGCGAUACAGUGGAGAAGAGUAUGUCAUUUGAGCACGGCGUGGAGGGCGUGUUUACUGUGACUGACAUCUGCACCCUCAAGGAUCACGUGUAUGUGGCAGGCCGGGCUGGUGAGGGCGAGGUCGGGGUGUUUGAAGUGAUAGAGGCGGAGCGUGACGGAGUCAAGGCCUGGGAGAUGAAGGGUCUUGCUCUUGUCGAUGGAAAGGGCGCAGAGUUGGGCUUGAAGGCGGAUGGCUGGAGGGUAAGCAUUGAUGUUAGAGACAAUAAGCUCUUGUUGGGUUAUAAUGAUCACCUUGGGCAUGUUGCCUUGGUCACGCUUGUGCUUGUAGAGUAAUUAUAGGAACAACCAUGGCGCCUAUCUUUAUGAUCACUUGACUGGUAUUGGGUGGGUCAUCACGAGCACAAACCGAGCAGGUCAGCAGAAGCCGCCUAAGCUUGUUGAACUCAAACUGUGUAAAUAAUGAAAGAUUAGACCUACCUGAGAAAUAAAGAACUGUAAAUGAUA